AUGGUUUUCUCCUCUGUCUCUCCUCCCCCAGCUGGUGCACAAGCAAGUAUAUCACCCUCCCCCCAGCUGGUGCACAAGCAAGUAUAUCACCCUCCCCCAGCUGGUGCACAAGCAAGUAUAUCACCCUCCCCCCAGCUGGUGCACCCCCCUCCCCCAGCUGGUGCACAAGCAAGUAUAUCACCCUCCCCCAGCUGGUGCACAAGCAAGUAUAUCACCCUCACCCUCCCCCAGCUGGUGCACAAGCAAGUAUAUCACCCUCCCCCCAGCUGGUGCACAAGCAAGUAUAUCACCCUCCCCCCAGCUGGUGCACAAGCAAGUAUAUCACCCUCCCCCCAGCUGGUGCACAAGCAAGUAUAUCACCCUCCCCCCAGCUGGUGCACAAGCACGUAUAUCACCCUCCCCCCAGCUGGUGCACAAGCAAGUAUAUCACCCUCCCCCAGCUGGUGCACAAGCAAGUAUAUCACCCUCCCCCAGCUGGUGCACAAGCAAGUAUAUCACCCCUCCCCCAGCUGGUGCACAAGCAAGUAUAUCACCCUCCCCCCAGCUGGUGCACAAGCAAGUAUAUCACCCUCCCCCCAGCUGGUGCACAAGCAAGUAUAUCACCCUCCCCCCAGCUGGUGCACAAGCAAGUAUAUCACCCUCCCCCCAGCUGGUGCACAAGCAAGUAUAUCACCCUCCCCCCAGCUGGUGCACAAGCAAGUAUAUCACCCUCCCCCCAGCUGGUGCACAAGCAAGUAUAUCACCCUCCCCCCAGCUGGUGCACAAGCAAGUAUAUCACCCUCCCCCCAGCUGGUGCACAAGCAAGUAUAUCACCCUCCCCCAGCUGGUGCACAAGCAAGUAUAUCACCCUCCCCCCAGCUGGUGCACAAGCAAGUAUAUCACCCUCCCCCCAGCUGGUGCACAAGCAAGUAUAUCACCCUCCCCCCAGCUGGUGCACAAGCAAGUAUAUCACCCUCCCCCCAGCUGGUGCACAAGCAAGUAUAUCACCCUCCCCCCAGCUGGUGCACAAGCAAGUAUAUCACCCUCCCCCCAGCUGGUGCACAAGCAAGUAUAUCACCCUCCCCCCAGCUGGUGCACAAGCAAGUAUAUCACCCUCCCCCCAGCUGGUGCACAAGCAAGUAUAUCACCCUCCCCCCAGCUGGUGCACAAGCAAGUAUAUCACCCUCCCCCCAGCUGGUGCACAAGCAAGUAUAUCACCCUCCCCCCAGCUGGUGCACAAGCAAGUAUAUCACCCUCCCCCCAGCUGGUGCACAAGCAAGUAUAUCACCCUCCCCCCAGCUGGUGCACAAGCAAGUAUAUCACCCUCCCCCCAGCUGGUGCACAAGCAAGUAUAUCACCCUCCCCCCAGCUGGUGCACAAGCAAGUAUAUCACCCUCCCCCCAGCUGGUGCACAAGCAAGUAUAUCACCCUCCCCCCAGCUGGUGCACAAGCAAGUAUAUCACCCUCCCCCCAGCUGGUGCACAAGCAAGUAUCAUCACCCUCCCCCCAGCUGGUGCACAAGCAAGUAUAUCACCCUCCCCCCAGCUGGUGCACAAGCAAGUAUAUCACCCUCCCCCAGCUGGUGCACAAGCAAGUAUAUCACCCUCCCCCAGCUGGUGCACAAGCAAGUAUAUCACCCUCCCCCCAGCUGGUGCACAAGCAAGUAUAUCACCCUCCCCCCAGCUGGUGCACAAGCAAGUAUAUCACCCCCCCUCCCCAGCUGGUGCACAAAUACACCCCCUGGGCCUCCCAUCUGGUAGGGCCGAUCGAAGAGAGUGCUAG